GAUUGUCAGGGCUGCUUUUGAACACCUCCACAUGGCCUUGUCAGCUGUGGAUAGAGGUAUGAAAGACUCUCUGGCUCCCUCAGCCAUUUGAGGUAGCACCUAUAUUUACCAAGCAUGCCAGUAUUAAAACUUCAAAUGGUAACUAAUAGAAUCUGUGAGGCAGGAGUGGGCUACGCGAUAGGACGACUUGUGAACUAUUUAAUGACGUGAGGAGGAUAGUCUCGGAGAAAAGUGAGCUGGCAGAUGCAACACAAUAUCAAACCACUUGUCAGGAGGGAUCCCAGUUGCCUUCUGUUGGGACACUUCCACCGAGGGAAUCCAAGAAAUGAAAACCAUCUCACUGCACUGAUACGGUGUCGGCGCAGCCCCACCAGAGCAGAAACAUGCCAAUUUCCUUUUUCAACACAAAUGACUGAUGAGAAAGUAGGCUGCUGUUUUCUUUUUUCCCCCCCUCCCUUCAGUCAUACACAGAAGGAGCCUGGUGACAAGGGGUCAUCUUCUUCAUCAUUUGCCAAAGAUCGCAGAACUUUUACCUGGAAAGAGUCAAUCUGACAUUUCAGACCACAUGUGUUGACGGUUUUGUAUUUUUGUUGUGGAGACUAAAGCUUGUAAACUUCAAAGUCAUCUUUAGCAAGCCAUUAUGAAAUGGGAGAAGUUAAAGCCUCCAGAGCCAGAUGAUCCUAUGUGUUGCUGUGAGUGUGAUAUCUACCAGUACGGAUGUUGCUGUGACUGUGAAGAUCUGGAUGAAGCCUUUAACAGGUGGCUGAGAGACAAACCACCUAAAAGUGGAUGUCAGUCCGCUGUACUUGGGGCCAUGAUUGACAACCUGGAGAUCUCCAUGAUCCCGGCCCUGGUGCUGCUGCCUCUGCUGCUGCGUGUUGCAGCUCUGCACUACCUGCUGGGUAUCAUCAUCCUGACGGCUCUGCCCGGCCUGGUGCUGUGGUACUACUACGCCACGCACCGAAAGAGGAGACGCACCCUCUUCUUCCUCACUCUUUCACUUUACUCCCUGUUCUACAUGUAUUACCUCUUCAUCACAGAGAUUUUACCACGUGGGAACGUCAGCCAGCUGCAGUUGUGUACUGUGACCACUGGCAUGAUUCUCACUGUCGUCUUUCUUAUUCUCACCAAGAGAGGCCCAGGAUUUGUAACUACUUCCCCACAAGAAGCACACAGUCCCAGUCAGGAGGCUAACAAGGACACCAGACACCUUAAUGGAUCUACCCAAUCAGCAGCGUCCUCCUCGGGGACUCUAGAAGGGUUGCAGACAACAAAAGAGGCCCUGACAGCAAAAUGGAGCAGGUGUCCUAUGUGCGAAAUAAUGCGACCCCCGCGGGCUGGACACUGUCGAACCUGUGGAUCCUGUGUGCAACGUCUGGACCACCACUGCAUCUGGAUAAAUAGCUGUGUUGGACAAGCAAAUCAUCGCUGUUUCCUGCUCACCCUCUCUGUGUUCGUGUUGACCUCUCUGUAUGGGAUCAGUUUGGUGCUUCACAGCCUCUGUCCUCGGCAGUAUCUGAUGACGGCUCUCCUUUAUUGCCCCGCCGUCUACAGUCAGUCUAGCACGGCACUUUGCUUCACCUGUGCUUGGUACAGCAGCAUCAUCACAGGUGGACUGCUUUACCUGUUGGUGGCACAGGUUCUGAAUAUCAGCUUCAAUGUGACGGAGCGGGAGUCUCAGCUGGCUGUCAGGAACAAAACAGGCCAGAGCCGCCUGUGGGGACUCGUCAUCGACACAGGAGAGUAUUCACGUGGCUUCUGUCAGAACUGGGUUGAGUUCCUCACCAUGGCAGAUGCCUCGGUUUCUCCUCGCUCCAGCCUCACUGACUUGGUCUAGUUUCACUUCAGACUCUCCAGUAACAUCAAGAUAACAGACUGAUAAUACAGCAUGUCUUUCUUAGGAUAUAUCAGCUGAUGACUUACAAUGCUUAGUGCAUUACAGCCACUCAAUAUAAUGUAUAUUUAAAACUCUAAAAUAAGUUGCAGGGGUAAUACCACGGUGCUAAUGACUGCUUAAUAGACUGCACAUCAAUAACUGUUUUACUGUUGCACAGUUCUCUAUCAAAGGAAAUAAUCUACAGGCAUAAGGCUGCAGGCACUGCCAUGUUACUGUAUAUAUUUUCUCUACCUGCAGAAAGUCAUGUAUGCUGUCUCACGGAAUUCAUAAUAUUUUUGACUGCAUGUCAAUAAAAGAAU